AUGGCCGACGAACACUCCCACUCAAGGGUCGAGCUUUACGACUCGGGUCUGACGGUUCCCUCAGACUCGGAGAUAUACUCUGCCAAUCAUGAAGUUUCAUCACCUAUGUCGGCAUCUAGUUCGCCCCUGAUUCUGUACAAGCCUCCGUCGAUCUGGGGCAUCUUGCGGGGAGCAGCGAUCAAUUUGAUCCUCCCUUUUGUCAACGGGUUGAUGCUGGGAUUUGGGGAAUUGUUCGCACAUGAGGCUGCUUUUCGUCUUGGCUGGUCUAACACAAAGAUCUUCCCUACUUAUCGGCGGUCAAGGCCCAUGGGACCAGGCGUGGAGAUUCGCGACCUUCCAUCGCGGCGCCAGCCUAGAGCCGGAAGUCUGCAAGAUACUACAUCAUUGGAGUGA